GUACGCUACAGUGAUCAAUACUGUACUUUACUUUAUCGUUCAACACUGUUUUACUGUAUUGCUGUAGUCCUGAACACAUAAAUGUACUGUAUCACUCAGUCCCAGAUUAUUAAACAUUCUCUAUCUGUCACUCAACUAUCUCCCUCACCUGACUGUCUGUGAAACAUGGUGACUAUGACAACUGAUAUUGUAGAGAUGAUGUGAAUGUGUUUCUUUGGUUGUUUCAUAGCUGUGAGCUGUGUGAUGUCAUCAGUGAUCACAAAGAGAGGGAAAGAAGGAGGAAAAUAUAGCAUUCAGUGUCCUUAUGACCGGGGGUUUGAGACAAACCAGAAGUACCUCUCUAAAGGGAUCUGGGCCUCCCGGGUUAAUGUAAUCAAAACCCAAACGCAUCAGCACCCAGCGUGGACUCAUGAAGGGAGAUUCUCUCUGUAUGACGACACAGAGAGAAGAGUCUUCACUGUGACCAUCACUAACCUGAUCCUAGAGGAUUCUGGGACCUACUGGUGUGGAAUUAACACAUGGUGGUGGUAUAACAAGACUGAAGUCAGGAUCACUGUGGACAGAGCUCCUGUUCCUCCCAACCCUGGCUCCGUCACCUCCAGACCUCUCCUCUCCACGACACACCCAUCAACAAACAUCCCCAUGACAACUGACUCCUCAAACUCCACAGCAGCUAGGACCAAUGGAACAGUAGGAACAACAUCACCACCCACAGACAUGACUAGAACGCAAGAUAACAGCAACACCACCACAGACAUGACUAGAACACAAGAUAACAACAUCACCACCACCACAGACAUGACUAGAACACAAGGUAACAGCAUCACCACCACAGACAUGACUAGAACACAAGGUAACAACAUCACCACCACCACAGACAUGACUAGAACACAAGGUAACAACAACAAUACCACCACAGAUAUGACUAGAACACAAGGUAACAACAGCAUCACCACCAAAGACAUGACUAGAACACAAGGUAACAACAGCUUCACCAUGGUAACAUAAUGAACCCUCGGCACCACAUGACACUGAGAGAUAAACUACAACUACCAAGCACCAUACUGUAAAAUGAACUACAACUACCAAGCACCAUACUGUAAAAUGAACUACAACUACCAAGCACCACACUGUAAAAUGAACUACAACUA